GCGGGAGAAGCGCUGGGCUCCUCUCCGCGUCUGCUUGCAGGGAGGAGCAACAGGAAGAAGGUCCGCGGGGGCGACCGACAGCCCUGGGGGCUCACCCCGGUUCUGCAUGCGACCCGCUGCUCAGGCGCGCGCCGGUCCCUCGGGCCGGCAGCUGCGGGCCCCACCCUCAGCCUCCUCCAGCUCCUCCUCCCUCCCGCCGCUCGUAUCUGUGUGGGCGAACUUUCCCGGGAAGGGGGCUGUGCGUUCACUCGGGCUCAGGCACCUCCCCGGAGCUCCCAAGGAGCGAGGGCGGGGUGGGGGGGCGCGGGCUUUGCCUGAGCCCCGGGAGGGCGGCGCUGGCACGGCCGAAGGGCUGGAUCACUGAUCCUCCCCCCAAGGGCUGGCGUUCGGGCCUGCUCACUCCGGGACCCCCGAUUUAGGAGUGUCAGAGACGGAAGGGGUCUUAGUGAUCUUGUCCAGCUCCCUCUCCCUUUUUAACAGGUUUGGGAGAUGGACGCUUGGAGAACGCAAAUUCAGCUAUCAAAAUUGACUCCAGGAGAGAGAACCUAACAGAUGAAUAACAAUGGAAGAAAUUGGGAAAGUUAUCAAAAAGCUGUCCUGCAAAAGACCAAGUCCAGGUGGUGUUACAGGUUAAAAUAAAUUCUUCAUGAAGAAGAAAGAUCUUAAGCAACAUGAUGGAUUCUGAAGCUCAUGAAAAGAGGCCACCAAUCCUAACAUCUUCAAAACAAGAUGUAUCACCUCACCUUACAAAUGUUAGUGAAAUGAAGCAUUACUUGUGUGGCUCCUGUGCAGCUUUCAACAAUGUUGCAAUCACAUUUCCUAUUCAGAAGGUUCUUUUUAGGCAACAAUUAUAUGGCAUCAAAACCCGGGAUGCAAUACUUCAGUUGAGGAGGGAUGGAUUUCGAAAUUUGUAUCGAGGAAUCCUUCCCCCGUUAAUGCAGAAAACAACUACUCUGGCACUUAUGUUUGGUCUCUAUGAAGACUUAUCCUGCCUUCUCCUCAAGCAUGCCAGUGCUCCAGAGUUUGCAACCCGCAGUGUGGCAGCAGUACUGGCAGGAACUACAGAGGCAAUAUUCACUCCACUGGAAAGAGUUCAGACAUUGCUUCAAGACCACAAGCAUCAUGACAAAUUUACAAACACUUACCAGGCUUUCAAGGCACUGAAAUGCCAUGGAAUUGGAGAGUAUUAUCGAGGCUUGGUGCCCAUUCUUUUCCGCAAUGGACUCAGCAAUGUCUUCUUUUUUGGCCUUCGGGGUCCCAUUAAGGAGCAUCUGCCUACUGCAACAACUCACAGUGCUCAUUUGGUCAACGAUUUUAUCUGUGGAGGUCUUCUGGGUGCCAUGUUGGGAUUUUUGUUUUUUCCAAUUAAUGUUGUAAAAAUGCGCAUGCAAUCUCAGAUUGGUGGGGAAUUUCAGUCUUUCCCCAAGGUUUUCAAAAAGAUCUGGCUAGAGCGGGACAGGAAACUGACAAAUCUUUUCAGAGGUGCCCAUCUGAAUUACCACCGAUCCCUCAUCUCUUGGGGCAUAAUCAAUGCAACUUACGAGUUCUUGUUAAAGGUUAUAUGAAAAUAUCAAUUAAGUGCCAUUUAUCAACUGAAUACCUAAGAAGAA